AUGGUGAGACAACGCAAGAGUAAAAGCAAAAAAGUAAGUGUUAGUCAAUUAUGUUGCUAAAGAGGACCGAGGUCAUGAAUAAAGGCUAGUAUUUGUUUGUUUAAGUACAACUGCACUGUUAUUUUUAAUUUGACAAAAAGGCGAUGAGUUGUUAUGAAAUACGUAAGUGCUAAGACUUCUACUCUACACCUAGUCAUGGUUUAGUCUUGCUUUUAAAUUUGCAAAAGUCUUACAUUUAACCCUUAUCUUAAACUAGCUUUGCUUUAACUUAGCUAUAGCUUAGCCCUGGCUCUAACUUUAACCCUAACCCCAGCCUUAGCAUAGCCUAAUCCUGUUAUAGUGUUAGUGUUAGUUCUAAUUCAAAUAUAACCCUAAACGAGCCCGAGCCUACUUCUAGCCCGGCCCCAGCUUAGCGAUAGCCUAGUUUCAGCCUACCCUUACUUUAACUCUACAUUAACCAAGCCUUUGUUUAAUCUUACCUCUGGCGAUGUAUUCAGAUUUGAAGUUAGAGUGUGAGAUGUGUUACCAAAAGAUGAUGGAUUAUAUAGGAUUUUGACAUAUGAAAAGCAAAUAAAAUCAAUUGUAAUAACGAAAGCCCACUUAAACUCUAAAUGUUAUUAUAUUGUGACAAAUUCGUUGAAAACACAAAGAUAAAACAAUACAAGUAAAAAAAAUUCGUAGUAAUAUUAUAAUACAAAGCGUACAGGUGCAUUUACUUUCUCAUUGUUUUAGUUAGUUAAAGUUUAGUAAAAGUUGUAAAACUUCAUUUUUUUUAUCAAUUUAGGCUAAAAGAAUGUUCUGUUUAAUGUAAUUUUAUACUUUUAUAAAGUAUUACACUUUUUGUAAUACAAUUUUGAUCAAGAAAAAAGUCUGGAAACAAAAGGGAAGUAUGUUUAUUCUUAGAUGUUGUGUUGUUACUACACUGUUUUAUAAGUUUUUUGGCAAUACUUUGGGUUUUAAAUGAAUUUAUUAUCAAAUUUAAGGCUUCAAAUUUGAUUUUAUCGAUAUACUGUAGGCUAAAUUAAGUAAGAUUAGGUUGAAAAUUAAAAAAAAAUACGGUAAACUGAUCUAUUUAGGGCUAGAAAAUGAAAAAUACUGUUUAAAAAAUUUUUAAAAAUGAGUUUAAACUCUAUAAAAGUAAAGUAGUAGUACAUGAAAUUAUAAAAAAUAGAAUUUGAUUGCUAUUUUUAGCUAAAAAAAACUUAAAACUCAGUAAAAAUAUAUCAUAAUAUAAUAUUAAUAUAAUAAUAACACCACUGAUUUCAGAACUCUCAGCCAACAGAAGCCACAGCCCUAGUCAACAACACAAAUGUCACUAAACAGAAGGACGUGAAAGAGAUGUUCGGUUCCAUAAAUUGUGCCAAAGCGUCGGCGCUUCAAACCCAGGACGUGAUCAACGCGUUGAGGACCGAUCCGCAAAAUGGGCUCAACAGCGCCGAAGCCCAACGUCGCAUCGGAUUCACCGGCUACAACGAGUUUGAUGUGGUGGAGAAGGAGUCGCUGACUAUGAAGUAUUUGGAACAGGUAGGGUGGGGCUUUUGGGGGGAAGGGAAGAUAUGAUUUACGUUUUUGUAAGAAAAUUGUAAAAAAUGGAAAAAUUUUUAUUAAAAAUACCAUUUUUAGUUUAAAAACCCCCUGAUAGCACUUUUACUCGCUAGUGCCAUCGUCUCAUUACUUAUGAAACAAUACGACGAUGCGUUGUCGAUUACGGUAGCUGUGGUAAUUGUGGUUACAGUAGGAUUUGUUCAAGAAUAUAGGUCAGAGAAGACACUGGAAAAACUGAACAAACUGGUACCGCCGAUGGCUCAUUGGUAGGUUUUUGAGAUUAUUUUUGAAGGAACUAGUAUUGAGGAUGUUGUUGUAGGUAUAGGUGUGUUAAAAUGCUAAUUUAAACUGCAAGAUUAUAAAUUCUGAGGUUGGUAUGAGCAGUAAGUGUUGGGUAGAGACUAAAAGUUAUAUUUUACUUAUAAUAUACUUACAAGUCUUGGUAAUACAUUUAAAAUGACAUUUAAAUAUGUUUUUGGGGUAAAUUUGUAAAAGAAACGAGGAUUUUAGAAAUUUUUUAAAUAAAUUUUAAAAUUUUUCAAAAAAAUUACUUUUCAGUAUCAGAGAUGGUCGAUCGAUCCAAUUCCUAGCUCGUGAACUAGUACCAGGUGAUCUAAUUACUCUAAACAUGGGGGACAGAGUCCCAGCCGACCUUCGACUGGUCGAAUCACUCGAUCUUCAAAUAGAUGAAGCCUCAUUCACAGGUGAAACCGAACCUUGUCACAAACAUUGUCAAGCCAUAGAAGACGCAGAGAACAAGAGUGUGGAACACCUACACAACAUGGCAUUUAUGGGCACUUUGGUAUGUUCAGGUAGAGGCAAAGGCAUCGUCGUGGCUACUGGUCACAACUCAAGAUUCGGCGAGGUUUUCAAGAUGAUGCAGGCUGAAGAAGCACCAAAAACACCACUCCAAAACAGCAUGGAUCAUCUGGGUACUCAACUGUCGUUCUACUCGUUCGGAGUGAUCGGAGUAAUCUUUCUGAUUGGUCUACUACAAGGUCGAGAAGCUCUAGACAUGUUCACGAUCGGAGUCAGUUUGGCUGUAGCUGCUAUUCCAGAAGGACUCCCAAUUGUAGUAGCUGUAACACUGGCUAUCGGAGUCAUGAGAAUGGGUAACAGAAACGCCGUGGUAAAGAAGCUAAGCGCAGUAGAAACCCUAGGAUGUGUUACAGUAAUAUGCUCGGACAAAACAGGAACUCUAACUAAAAAUGAAAUGACAGCAGUAGUGGUACUGGGUGCAGAUGGUACCAAAGCUCAAGUCGGAGGAGUAGGAUACGAUGCCACAACAGGUGAAUGCGUUACCGAGAGCAAUCAAAAGGUAUCAGGACACUCACACACAUCAUUGAGCAGGUUGAUCGAAGUGGGAUGUGUUUGUAACAAUGCACAGAUCAUAAAUGGCACUGUGUUGGGACAGCCGACUGAAGGAGCGUUGGUGGUGCUGGCUAUGAAGGUGGGUUUUUAAGGGUUUUUAGGUAUUAUAAUCGGGUUUUUAUGGUUUUGGGGUAUUAUAAUAUAGUUUUUGGGCAUAAUAGAUAAUAAUUUGGGAAAUUCUUUGCUCUAGGAAAAAUCUGUAUCGACGUUCAUGAGUAUGAUAAUAUAAACAGUAUAAUAGAACACAAUUAUAGACACAAUUGGACAUUGCCCGAACCUACUUCAGAAGGAUAAAAGAGAUUCCAUUCAGUCACGAAACCAAAUGGAUGGCUGUACAAGUGGAACCAGUCAGUAGGGUAGGUUUAUAUUUUUAUUUUUUUAAAGUUUAGGGUAAAAAUCAUAUGAUAAAUAAAGAAAAAUGGUAAAAUACGAGGCAUCAAUGUUGAAUGUAAUCGAUUUUUGGCUAGAAAUUUUAAUUUUAAAGGCUGUAAAGAAAGUUUUCGUUAAAAAUUUGGAAAAUUAAAAACAAUUGAAAUUUUGAAAUUUAAAAUCUUUAAAAAAUUGAAGUUUAAAUCAACAAUUUUCAGCCAGGAAACAUGGAAGUAAUGGUAAAAGGAGCACUAGAUAGGAUACUGGACAUGUCAGUAGGAUAUCUGGUGAAUGGUACUGAACAAAGAGUCAUGGACAGGGCUUACAAGGAGAAUGCUCUACAACAAGGUCGAGGCAUGGGAUCAAGUGGAUUGAGAGGUAAACAGAUUUUUUUUACUUUUGGUGAUAUUGUUGUACUAAGGCCAUUUCAAUCUUUAACAGAGUAAAAAUUUAUUUUCCAGUAAUUGGCCUAGCCUGUGGCCGCGACAUGCACUCCCUCUACUACGUAGGCAUGGUUGGAAUCAUGGACCCGCCUCGAGAAGGCUGUGUAGAAGCAAUCGAAACAGUAACUGGAGCUGGUGUCACCGUGAAGAUGAUCACCGGAGACUCGAUGGAAACCGCGUGUAGUAUUGCAACGAGAUUGGGAAUGCACAGUAAUGUAGACAAUAUCCUGUCGGGAGCUCAAAUCGAUGCCAUGAAUGAUAGUGAACUGGAACAGGUGAUCAAAAGCGUCAGUGUCAUCUACAGAGCCACUCCGAGGCACAAAUUGAGGAUUGUUAAGGUAGGUGUCUGAAAAUGGGUUAUAUUGAGGUAGGUAGGGACUAGAAAUAGGUUUUAUUUGAAGUAGAAUGAGUAGGAAAGGUAGUUUUGGGCUAGGUUACAGCUAUAAUUAUGUAUGUUAAGGUAGGUAGGGACUAUAACUAGGCAAUAUUCAAGUAUAAUGGCUAGAAAAGGGAGUAUUAAGCCACGCUAUAGCUAUAAAUAUGAUAAUAUUAAAUUAAAUUUGAAAACCAAAAAUAACUUUAAACUAACCAUUUCAGGCCCUCCAAAACGUUGGAGAAGUGGUAGCAAUGACUGGCGACGGAGUAAACGACGCUGUAGCUCUAAAGAAGGCCGACAUUGGCAUAGCAAUGGGUGAAACAGGCACAGAUGUGUGCAAAGAAGCAGCUGAUAUGGUCCUAAUUGAUGACAGGUUUCAGACAAUCGAAGCGGCAAUAGAAGAAGGCAAAGGAAUCUACCAUAACAUUAACAAUUUCGUCAAAUUUCAACUCAGCACGUAAGGUUUUAAGUGUUUUGGAGGUGAAUAUUAAUGUUAAAAUGGGUAUUUUUGGUUUUAAAAUAAGGCGAGUAGUACUGUGUAGCCUAAAAAGUUUAAAUUUAAAGGUACUUUUAGUUAAAUUUGCUUAAAAACACAAGAAUUUAUAUUGUAGUAGGCAUCAGCGGAUAUUAAGACAGAAAAAGUUUUGAUAUUGCUUAAAGUAACGAGUGUUUGGUUGCAGAAGUGUAGCUGCUUUGUCGCUAAUAGCCUUGUCAACAUUGUUCCACUUUGAAAACCCCCUAAACGCUAUGCAGAUCUUGUGGAUCAACAUCAUCAUGGACGGUCCACCAGCUCAAAGCCUGGGCGUGGAGCCGGUCGACUCGGACAUUAUCAAGCAGAAACAAAGAAACGUGAAAGACCCAAUGAUAAACAAACCCUUGAUCAUUAAUAUCAUUUCAUCGGCAGCUAUUAUCAUCGUUGGCACGUUGUUGGUGUUCUACAUGGAGGUAAGUGAAUGUUGUAGUUGAUGGUGAUGAUGGAAAAGUUGGUCUGAAAAGGGUGAAAAUUAGUUUUUAAUGAGAUGAAAGUACUAUAUUAUAAUUAGAAAGGUUUUGUUUUAAAGGCAUGGGCAAAAGGGGGACUUGCAACAUAAUGCCAAAGUUGGCGGGAAAACCAAAUUCAAAAAAUUAAAUAAUUUUUUUGAAAAAUUUACAAACUAAUAAAUAAUAGAUAAGAUUCAGGGGGUUGCUAAGAUCUUUAAAAUUUAUUUUUAUAUUGAAACGUAAUGCCAACAAAUAAAGCGAGAAAAUUCUAAUUUAAAAUUAUGAUUUGGCGGGAAAAGGAAAAUUCAAAUUAUUAAAGCAAUGCUUUGAAAAAUUGUAAAAUACAUAUGAAUUUGAUUAGAGAAUAUUUUUGAAUUUCAAUAAUUUUUAUCAAUUUCAUAAUUUUCAGAUGUCAGCUGAUAACAAAAUAACCCCUCGAGACACCACCAUGACCUUUACCUGCUUCGUCCUUUUUGACAUGUGGAACGCGUUGAGCUGUAGAUCGUCGAGAAAGUUGAUCUGGGAGAUUGGACUCCUCAGGAAUCGAAUGUUUUGCCUAGCCGUGUCUGGCUCACUCUUCUGUCAGUUACUAGUCAUUUACUUUGCUCCACUACAACGAGUAUUCCAAACCGAAGCCCUAACUUUUGGGGAUUUGGUGUUCCUCACCGUGAUCACAUCCACCGUCUUCAUCUUUAACGAAUCUAAAAAGUACUACGAGUUGAAGAUGCAGCGUAAAAAGACCGAGUAUUCAACUAGUCAUCUGUAA